CCACGUGUCUUUCAGUGACGAGCCCUCUCCAUCACCCACUGUCAUUCAAUCAUCCCUACCAACAAUCCCUUCUUAAAACCCCUUCUCUCUUUCCGUGUCUUUCCGUGGUCGCGUCCCAUAGAAACUCUUAGCUUCACAAUGAGCCUCUCCUCUGUCGCCGUCGAUCCCACCCCUUUCGCCACCGCCAAAUGGAAGCAGUACGGGCCAGCGCUCCACCGCCGCCCGAACUUCUUAGUUUGCUCUAUGAAACCCCCGGCUUCCGCCUCGCUAAGCGUAGCGGAGUCAGCUGCCAGCGGGUUACUGAAUCGAAUCGGGUCCCUGAGUCAGGUCUCCGGCGUGUUAGGCUCUCAGUGGGGUGAUGAAGGCAAAGGCAAACUCGUUGACAUCUUGGCUGAGCACUUCGACAUCGUCGCUCGAUGCCAGGGUGGAGCCAAUGCUGGUCAUACAAUAUAUAAUGCAGAAGGAAAGAAGUUUGCUCUUCACCUUGUUCCUUCUGGCAUACUAAAUGAGGACACACUAUGUGUUAUUGGAAAUGGAGUAGUGGUGAAUUUACCUAGUUUAUUCAAUGAAAUUGAUGGGCUGGAAUCUAAUGGGGUCUCCUGCAAAGGAAGGAUAUUGGUAUCUGAUCGUGCUCAUUUACUAUUUGAUUUUCAUCAAGUAAUUGAUGGAUUUAGAGAAGCUGAGCUCGCUAAAUCAUUUAUUGGCACAACUAAAAGAGGAAUUGGACCUUGUUAUUCAAGCAAGGUUAUCAGAAAUGGCAUUAGAGUAGGUGACUUGAGGCAUAUGGAUACUUUUCCUCAGAAGCUUGAUAUUUUAUUAUCUGAUGCAGCUGCUAGAUUCCCUGGUUUCAAGUACAGCCCUGAGAUGCUCAAGGAAGAGGUUGAAAGAUACAAAAGAUUUGCAGAGAGGUUGGAACCUUUUAUUGCUGAUACUGUACAUGUGAUGAACGAGUCAAUUGUGCAGAAGAAGAAGAUCUUGGUUGAAGGUGGACAGGCAACCAUGCUAGACAUUGAUUUUGGAACCUAUCCUUUUGUUACUUCCUCUAGCCCAUCUGCUGGUGGGAUUUGCACAGGCCUUGGUAUUGCUCCUAGAGAUGUGGGUGAUCUGAUUGGAGUUGUAAAGGCAUACACCACAAGGGUUGGUUCUGGCCCUUUCCCUACAGAAAUCUUGGAUGAAGGGGGUGACCUCCUUCGGUUUGCUGGGCAGGAGUUUGGUACAACUACUGGUCGUCCUCGACGUUGUGGUUGGCUAGAUAUAGUUGCACUGAAAUACUGCUGCCAGAUUAAUGGCUUCUCUUCUUUGAAUCUUACCAAACUUGAUGUCUUGUCAGAUUUUUCCGAAAUUAAAAUUGGGGUUGGUUAUAAACAAGCCAAUGGUACUCCAGUAAAAUCUUUCCCAGCAGAUCUUCGUCUUCUUGAGCAAUUGAAGGUCGAAUAUGAAGUUUUGCCUGGAUGGAAGUCUGAUAUUUCUUCUAUCAGAAACUAUUCUGAUCUCCCAAAGGCUGCCCAAAAAUAUGUCCAGAGGGUAGAGGAACUCGUUGGGGUCCCCGUCCAUUACAUUGGAGUUGGUCCCGGACGUGAUGCUCUAAUUUUCAAAUGAUCUGUCCAUUUUGUCAGUUAAGUUUCCUGGUUAAUUUUCUUGCACUAGGGUUAAAUGGAAACUUUCAAAGCAAGUUGUGGGAACGUCUUUUUCUUAUGCAUAAAAUUGAAGAUUACAUGAAAAUUCAUGAAACGUACUCUUUAUAUGUGUGUUAUAUGUGUGGAUUACCCCAUGGUAGGGGUAUUUUUAUCUUUUAAUUUGUAUUCUAGAAUGAAAUAUCUUGUGCCUGAUGGUAUGGAUGAACCUUCUUUUGAUGAACUAAUCAAAAUAUCGUUUGGAU